UUAAAUUUAGUAAUAUUUUGGGUAUAAGUUGUUAAAUUUACCAGUUGACGAGGGUUCGAGUCACUCUAGAUUUUUAAUAAUUUAUAUUUAAUUUUCAAAAACGCCCAAAUCAGAGAAAUUAGGGUUUAGCAUCUUGCAAUUUUCCGAUCGACGGCGCCGGCGAAAUUAACCGGUUACUUGAAGCAAUGGUAUAUUGCGAUUAUUGUGGGGAAAGAAUAAGUCGACCCAACUAUGAGGAUGGCAGAAGAUGUUGUUCCAUAUGUGGAAGAAUUCUUGAGGAAGUUGAUAUUUCCAGUGACCUGACUUUUGUUAAGGAUGCUGCUGGACGGAGUCAAUUGGCAGGAAAGUUUAUUCCGAGUAUCCAAAGUGGCUAUUCAGCUUCACGGGAAAGAACACUAGCUAAUGCAAAAAGGGGUAUAGAAGAUAUGAUGACAGCAUUAGGAAUUGGUGGCGGUGAAUCAAUAGCUAAUCCAGCUUUGUCCUUGUAUAAGAUAGCAGUUGAGAGGGAUUUCACAAGGGGGCGUAGGAAAGUGCAAGUUGAGGCUGCUUGUCUUUACAUUGAAUGUAGGGUACAGAAAAAGCCAUUCCUACUCAUCGACUUUUCUGAGUACUUGAGUAUAAAUGUGUAUAUUUUAGGUGUUGUUUUCUUACAGCUUUGCAAACUUCUAAGCAUUGUAAAUCACGCAUUUAUUCAAAAACCUGUGGACCCUAGCCUUUUCAUUCAUCGAUUCGCUGAUCGUUUAUUUGGCGGAGGGAAGCCAAAUAUUUCUCGAACUGCACUUCACAUUGUGGCCAGCAUGAAGCGUGAUUGGAUGCAAACAGGGAGAAAGCCAAGUGGGGUAUGUGGAGCUGCAUUGUACAUUUCUGCUCUUUCACAUGGACUGAAUUGUUCUAAAUCAGAAAUUAUCAAAGUGGUACAUAUAUGUGAAGCAACAUUGACCAAGCGUUUGAUAGAAUUUGAAAACACAGAAUCUGGGAGCUUAACGAUUGAGGAGUUCAAUGCAAGAGCCGAGGAGCUUGAGAAAGAAGAGAUGCUGACCCCACAAUUUUGUUUGGGGUCAAAAGGAUCUGGAAUCACAGAAGUGCUAUGUGAACACAAAAAAAAUGUUACGGUGCCCUUUGCUCAUGGUCGUUGUGAACGUUGUUACAGUGAUUUUGUAAAACUUUCUGGUGGGCUUGAUGGAGGAUCUGAACCUCCAGCCUUCCAACAUGCUGAGAGGGAAAGAUUAGCUGCAAAGAGAGCUGCCGAGGAUUCAAAAUUUUCCAUGUCGAAUGAGGUGGAGAACAAUGGCACUGAGCCUGAAGAGGGAGGGAACACUGAGAGUGCGAUGGGGAGUAAAAAUGUGCAGAUAUCAGGAUCUGAGCAAAUAGGGGCACCCGUAGAGCAUAAUGUGACUUGUGAUAUGUACACGGCAUGGAUUAUAUGGGUCCUGAUGAUAAUGACGAUUCAUUGAACUUUCCUGAUAUCGAUGAUGUUGAGAUUGACGUUUAUCUUCUCGGCGAGGAGGCGAAGCUCAGUAAGAAGAUCAUUUGGGAAAAAAUGAACCCGGAAUAUGAGGAAAAAGCAGCUAAGGAAGCAGCUGCAAAAAAGGCUGACAAGUUCAUUUUAGCUAACUGUUCGGAGGAUGAGCUACAUGCACCGAGGCUUGCUGCAGCUGCUAACAAUAAAAUUGCAGAAGAAAGAAAGGACUCAAGGCUCGGAUGCGAUGAUCAAAAGUGAGACAAAAACAUAGUCUCAUUCAGUGGUUCCUAGUUUCAAUCACGAGGAAAUAACGGAUCCUUUUAGUUUUUAUUGUCUUUUGGCCUGAGCCGGGGUCUAUCGGGAACAGCCUCUCUACUUCUUCAGAGGAAAAACGACAGAAAAGGGCUGCUGAACUGAAAAAUUCUGGUCCUGCUAAAACCCCUUUUGAAGCAACGAAGCAAAUGUUAACUAGAAAGGAAGCUCUAGAGAACCCAAAGAAGCGUUGCAAUGUGGACGAUUC